GCGCAGUACUCUUUGCAAGGGGCUGGGUCGGAUGUUGAGAUGUGCUUUUGGGUCUUUCACUGGCCGGUAGGGAAGCUUCUGAUCCGGCUGGUGCCCGUAUCUUCGGACUCCUCUUCGGUUGGACUGCCCUACAGACAGACAUUCCUGGUCCGGGAUAUUCUGACGUGCGGGGCUGGCUUCUCGAGCGCUUUCCGGGAGUGUGGCUCCUUCCCACACUCGGGUUUCUUCUCUCUCUUUGAGAGAAUGGUGAUAGCUUUUCACCAUGAAUCGGAAGAAGGUGGAUAACCGAAUUCGAAUUCUCAUUGAGAAUGGUGUAGCUGAGCGGCAGAGGUCUCUUUUUGUUGUAGUUGGGGAUCGAGGAAAAGAUCAGGUGGUUAUUCUUCAUCAUAUGUUGUCCAAAGCAACUGUGAAGGCUCGGCCCUCAGUCCUGUGGUGUUAUAAGAAAGAGCUGGGAUUUAGCAGUCACCGGAAGAAGAGGAUGCGGCAGCUACAGAAGAAAAUAAAGAGUGGGACCUUGAACCUAAAGCAAGAUGACCCCUUUGAGCUUUUUGUAGCAGCCACAAACAUUCGCUACUGCUACUACAAUGAAACCCACAAGAUUCUGGGCAAUACUUUCGGCAUGUGUGUCCUCCAGGAUUUUGAAGCAUUAACUCCGAACUUGUUGGCCAGAACUGUAGAAACAGUAGAAGGUGGUGGGCUGGUGGUCAUCCUCCUGCGGACCAUGAACUCGCUUAAGCAGCUGUACACGAUGACUAUGGAUGUGCAUUCCAGGUACAGGACUGAAGCCCAUCAGGAUGUGGUAGGAAGAUUUAACGAGAGGUUUAUUCUCUCUCUGGCGUCUUGUAAGAAGUGUCUGGUCAUUGAUGAUCAGCUCGACAUCCUGCCCAUCUCCUCCCACGUGGCCAGCAUUGAAGCCUUACCUCCUCAGGCCCCGGAUGAGAAUCUCAGUCCUGCUGCUCUGGAGCUGCUGGAAUUGAAAGAGAGCUUGCAGGACACUCAGCCCGUGGGUGUUCUGGUGGACUGCUGCAAGACCCUGGACCAGGCCAAGGCUGUCUUGAAAUUCAUUGAGGGGAUCUCGGAGAAGACUCUAAGGAGUACUGUUGCCCUCACCGCUGCCCGAGGAAGGGGCAAGUCUGCGGCCCUGGGCCUGGCUAUCGCUGGAGCAGUGGCAUUCGGGUAUUCCAAUAUUUUUGUUACCUCCCCAAGCCCGGAUAACCUCCACACGUUGUUUGAAUUUGUAUUUAAAGGAUUUGAUGCUCUGCAGUAUCAGGAGCACCUGGAUUAUGAGAUUGUACAGUCGCUGAACCCCGAGUUUAAUAAAGCGGUGAUCAGGGUCAAUGUGUUCCGAGAGCACAGACAGACUAUUCAGUACAUCCACCCUGCAGAUGCUGUGAAACUGGGCCAGGCUGAGCUGGUUGUGGUAGAUGAAGCUGCUGCUAUUCCCCUCCCCCUGGUGAAGAGCCUGCUUGGGCCCUACCUGGUUUUCAUGGCAUCUACUAUCAAUGGCUACGAGGGCACUGGCCGGUCACUGUCCCUCAAGCUCAUUCAGCAACUCCGUCAGCAGAGUGCCCAGAGCCAGGUCAGCACCACUGCUGAGAACAAGACCACAACGACAGCCAGACUGGCCUCAGCUCGGACAUUGCAUGAGGUUUCCCUCCAAGAGUCAAUCCGAUACGCCCCUGGGGAUGCAGUAGAGAAGUGGCUGAAUGACCUGCUGUGCCUGGAUUGCCUCAACAUCACCCGCAUCAUUUCCGGCUGCCCCUUGCCUGAGGCCUGUGAGCUCUACUAUGUUAACAGAGAUACCCUCUUUUGCUACCACAAGGCCUCUGAAGUUUUCCUCCAGCGGCUCAUGGCUCUCUAUGUGGCUUCUCAUUACAAGAACUCUCCCAACGACCUGCAGAUGCUCUCAGACGCUCCUGCACACCACCUCUUCUGCCUCCUGCCACCUGUGCCCCCCACCCAGAAUGCCCUGCCCGAAGUGCUUGCAGUUGUCCAGGUGUGCCUUGAGGGAGAGAUUUCUCGUCAGUCCAUUUUGAAUAGCCUUUCUCGAGGCAAGAAGGCUUCUGGGGACCUGAUUCCAUGGACAGUGUCGGAACAGUUUCAAGAUCCAGACUUUGGAGGCCUUUCUGGUGGACGGGUUGUUCGAAUUGCUGUUCACCCAGAUUAUCAAGGGAUGGGAUAUGGCAGCCGAGCACUGCAGCUGCUGCAGAUGUAUUAUGAAGGCAAGUUCCCUUGUCUGGAGGAAAAAGUCUUGGAGACACCACAAGAAAUCCGCACCGUGAGCAGUGAGGCUGUCAGCUUGUUGGAAGAAGUUAUUACUCCCCGGAAGGAUCUGCCUCCCUUGCUCCUCAAGUUGAAUGAGAGGCCUGCAGAGCGCCUGGAUUACCUGGGGGUUUCCUAUGGGCUGACCCCCAGACUUCUCAAGUUCUGGAAACGAGCUGGAUUUGUUCCUGUCUAUUUGAGACAGACCCCAAACGACCUGACUGGGGAACACUCAUGCAUUAUGCUGAAGACACUGGCCGAUGAGGAUGAGGCUGAGCAGGGAGUUUGGCUGGCAGCAUUUUGGAAAGAUUUCCGAAGACGGUUCCUGGCCUUGCUGUCAUAUCAGUUCAGCACCUUCUCUCCUGCCCUGUCUCUGAACAUCAUUCAGAACAGGAAUGUAGCCAAGUCAGCCCAGCCAGCCCUAGGCCGGGAGCAUCUGGAGGCACUUUUCCUUCCCUAUGACCUCAAGCGUCUAGAGAUGUACUCUCGGAACAUGGUCGAUUACCACCUCAUCAUGGAUCUGAUCCCAGCCAUUGCCCGCUUGUACUUCCUGAACCAGCUAGGAGACCUGGCCCUGUCGGCUGCCCAGUCGGCUCUUCUCUUGGGAAUUGGCCUACAGCACAAGUCUGUGGAUCAGCUGGAGAAGGAGAUCGAGCUACCCUCAGGCCAGUUGAUGGGGCUUUUCAACCGCAUCAUCCGCAAAGUUGUGAAGCUGUUCAAUGAUGUGCAGGAAAAGGCUAUUGAGGAGCAGAUGGUGGCAGUGAAGGAUGUGGUCAUGGAGCCCACUAUGAAGACCCUGAGUGAUGACCUGGAUGAAGCAGCAAAGGAAUUCCAGGAGAAACACAAGAAGGAAGUCGGGAAGCUGAAGGACAUGGACCUCUCCCAAUAUGUAAUUCGUGGGGAUGAUGAAGAGUGGAAUGAAGUUUUGAGCAAAGCAGGGCAGAAUGCCUCCAUUGUUAGUUUGAAAAGUGACAAGAAAAGGGAACUGGAAACAAAACAAGAACCCAAACAGAGCAAGAAGUUGAAGAAGAGAGAUAACAACAGAAAGGAUAUGAAACUGAAGCGAAAGAAAUAGUGAGGUGAGGAGAUGCCAGACUUCUGAGCUGUGCUCUGCUGGGCCAGGCCAGGCAGCAGUGUGGACAGUGACAAUGACAAGGGCCUUCAGCAAAGGCAGGCACCAUCGUUCCAUUUGUAUGCUCGCGGUGACUGAAGACAAAGUCAUUCUUGGACAGGCUGCUUAGAGGUUGGUGUGGGCAAAGCUCUGGCAUUGUCAGGGCUGUCGUUCCACCCAGGUCAAUCUCACUGGCUUGCUCCCACUGUGGCUGCUGCGCUGGCUCCUGGCCUCCCUAUGCUCCAGCACAUGGCUUUCUGGAGGCGCACGCUGCCUCACUGCAGACUUGUCCCGACACUGAGGCUGGGUCAGCAGGACCUCUCCUGCUCCUCCGUUCUAUAUCUGCCUGCGGCAGGUCUGCUGUCCUCAGCGUCCCAGGAAAGGCUUAGGUAGGCUGCAACAUCUGAGCCUCAGGUGUCUUUUGGUUGCCUCUUCAUUUGGGAGAGACUAUCGAGAAAGACUCUUAACUACAGAAAGGAGGGGAGAGAGAAUAUUUUGAAUAAAUGAUGUCUUGGAAGGACCAUUUGCCUGCAGUGCUUAUAAAACCUGUUAUAACAAAGUAACGUGGCUUUACCUUGGGGGACCACAAGUAGUAGUGAAGGCACCCACAUCCCCCAGCCAUGAGGAACAGAGGGUGAAAAAGAACAGGUGCUGCUUAGACCAGUGCCUGACUUACAACAGUGGACCCAGUCUGUGGUGCUGCUCAGUGAUAGUGGCUCCAGGAGGAUGGAAUGAUGCGGGUCUGGCCAUAUUCUAGAAUAAGCCGGAGCUGGCCAGACUCACGUGGGUUACACAGCCUGUGCUUUGCAGCUGGAGGUGCUCAUAAAGUAAUAACUGCCUUUGGGCUUCUCAACCUGACCAGGAUGGCCACUGUGUGCAGUCAAGGUCCUUUUCAAACCAUGUCCUGAACAGGUCUCAGUGUGUUGUCUCUCCUUCAAACCUGAAAGGGCAUGCCUCCUUCAGACCUCACCAUCUGGCCCCCACAGAAUGACAUCUGUAAAGCUCUUCUGUCUCAGGAGAAGUCACAUUCAAAGUGAAGUCCGAUGGGCCAGCUCUGCAUAGGCUACCAGGAUGGGGAACAGAGAGGGUUCCUUCAUGGUCUCCUCACCCCUAAGCUAUAAGGGGCUAGUGUCAGCCUGUUCUCACUGCUCAUCUGGUCUUGACAAUCCCAGAGGAUGCUGGAGUGACCAAGCAACUGCGUGUGUGCACCGAGGCUAGGAGAAGGGGGCACAAUCUUUGGGAACUUUCUGGUUUGCCAAUCCUUUGUCUACACAGGGGACUCUUAUGAAGAAAGGAACCCCGUUUAGUGUAGAGAGCACAGCAUCAGGAGAGGCUGGAACCAGGGAAGGCCAGAAGCCUUGAGUGCCUAGUGUUUGCCUUGGUGGCCCUAGAUUAACCCUGGUGGCUUCCAAGUUGGUACAGGGGUCUCAGACCUUAGCCCUGGUAUAUAACUGCCUUGUCUGCUGUCCCUGGGUUCAUUGCUAAUACAUCCAGCCUUUGUGACCCAAGGACUCCUAUAAGAAGUCAACUUUGAGCAAAACCUUGCUGGCAUAUGCAAUAGUGUCUGGGUUUGGUGGCUGAUUAUGGGGUGGACCCCC